GGGGAUGAUUUGUAUCCAAGAUUAGAAUGACGCGAUAAUAUUCCGUUACUCCGGAGCUUAUGUGAUACUUUUGAGACAAUGCACCGUGAGACACACGAAAAUCGGUAGGAGUCCGAUCCGGCGAUUCCGGCGGGGCAAUUAAACAAGAGUAUGUCGACGAUGGAGGGUUCGCUCAGCAAGUGGACGAACGUCGUCAACGGAUGGCAAUAUCGAUGGUUUGUUUUGGAUGACAAUGCGGGUCUUCUAUCAUACUACACGAGCAAGGAGAAGAUGAUGCGCGGUGCACGUCGCGGCUGCGUGCGAUUGAGAGGCGCUAUCAUUGGCAUCGACGACGAGGAUGACAGCACGUUUACUAUAACAACGAACUCCUGCAAGGAUGAUCCGAAGACGUUUCACUUUCAAACUCGCAACGGCGAGGAGAGGGAACGCUGGGUUCGUGCCUUGGAAGAUACGAUACUCCGUCACUCUCAUAAGAGAUGGGAUCCUAAGAAGUCUCCACCUAAGCAAGAUUUUGAUCGCAAGGUAGCUGAAGCUGACGUUUAUCUUCAACUUCUGAUUGACCAAAUUAAAUUGAUUGAGGAUAAAAAGAACGCGGCUGAAGAUGAGGAAAAACAAAACAAAUAUUCUGCCAUUCUGUCACAGGCCAAUGCUAUGCUCAAUUCUGUUAAACAUACUAUUGUUCAAUUACAAAUUGCAAAGAACACAGCCAUACCCGUCAAUGGAAUAUACAGAGGACCAUCUAAUUCUAUACACGUCUCACCUUCGCUUCCUCAUGUUGCAGAUAGAGCACCAGAAGCGACAGUGCAAACUGGCAUCGAAUUAGGUUCCGAGUGUGUAGAACCGAGAGUACCUACAUUAUCGAAUGUUGUAGAUAGAGAUCUACCAGUACCACAGUUCUCGUAUUCGUCUUCUGACGAGGACGACGAUUACUUUGAUGCCGCAGAUGAAAUACCAAACCCAACAGUCCAGAAUCAUAUGCUGGUCACGGGAGAUAAACGCAAAGAGCCACCACUCCCACCUAUCAAAGGCGAUGGAUCGUUAGAUUACGAUGCUCUUUACGAAGAAGAAAGCGAAACAGAAAUGGAUUCCAUGGAGAGUCAUGGCUCAGUCGUGGCUCAUCUUCUGUCUCAAGUGAAGAUUGGUAUGGACUUGACGAGAGUUGUCUUACCAACGUUUAUUCUAGAGCGCAGGUCACUCCUUGAGAUGUAUGCAGAUUAUUUUGCCCAUCCUGAUCAAUUUGUAAGCAUUGCAGAUAUGCCUACACCUCGAGAGAGGAUGGUGCAAGUAAUUCGUUGGUACUUGUGCAGUUUUCACGCUGGACGUAAAUCUGGUGUGGCUAAGAAACCGUACAAUCCUAUACUAGGUGAAAUUUUUCGGUGCCAUUGGAACAUACCUAAUUCUUCUGACACUAUGGAGUCUGGUAGCAGACUUGUGUCGGACGGUCCUGUACCCUGGUGUAAAGAGAAUCAACUUGCUUUUGUCGCUGAACAAGUCUCUCACCAUCCACCAGUUAGUGCGUUUUACGGCGAGCAUGUUGGAAAAAAAAUUAGUUUUGGAGCUCAUGUUUGGACAAAGAGCAAGUUUUUGGGUUUAAGUAUAGGGGUACACAAUGUUGGAAAGGGUUGGGUAAAUGUGCUGGAACAUGGAGAAGAAUAUGUUUUAACUUUCCCUAACGGUUAUGGCAGAUCUAUCCUCACUGUACCAUGGAUAGAAUUAGGAGGAAAUGUAACAAUAAAUUGCAUACAAACUGGUUAUCACGCGACGGUAGAAUUUUUAACAAAGCCCUUUUAUGGUGGUAAACGGAAUCGGAUUACGUGUCAAGCUUUCCAAGCUGGAGAAAAAAAACCGUUUCUUGUUAUAAAUGGAGAAUGGAGCGGAGCGAUGGAAGUAAAGAUGGAUGGUAAGAGUGAAAUUUUUGCUGAUGUGAGAGAACUUAACACAGAGAGAAAACUAGUUAAAACAGUAUGUGAGCAAGAGGAAUGCGAAUCGCGAAGAGUUUGGCGUGACGUAACAGUUGGCCUACGUAUCAAUGACAUGGAUAAAGCUUCGGCGGCCAAAUGUGCGAUCGAGCAGAAACAACGAGAGGAAGCGCGACUUCGAAAGGAAAAUAAUGUAGCAUGGCAAACAAAACUUUUCAAGGAAACCAAAGACGGUGGCUGGGUGUACAUAAGACCUCUUGUAGACAGACUACACAGUUCUAGCGAUCAAACGAAUGUUACCUAACCAUGUAUACAUGCGUAUUAAGUGACAAUUUUAGAUGCAGCACAAUACUAGAAGAAAUCGUGGCCUAUUGCCUGUAAGAAUUAUAAUAUCAGGCUUAAUUUGAAUAAUACGCAAGUUUCACACUCGAAUGAUUUCAGUGAAUAUUUUUAUGCGUUUAUUUGAUACGCCACUUUUAGUUUAACCAGGAAAGAGGUAACGCAAUAUUAGCUAAUAUUUUACUUUUUGCAUUACGCAUUUUAAGUGUCGUUUAAUAAAAAUAAAUAAAAAUACUUUGUCAGUAAUAGAAUAUAAUUUUUGACAUAAAAUUAUAUCUUUUUUUUAAUCCUUGAAAUAAUUUCACACGGAUAUCGUAAGCUUCUAUUAUCUCCACAUUUCAAAUGUAUGUACGUGAAAUCUUUUAUAUAUGUAACGUUUAUUGACGAUAAUUUCUUGUGAAAAAAGAAAUUAUAUGUACAAUUUAUGCAAAUCUGUUAUACAUAAUAUUGUAUAGAUUGUAUGCCAUAUAUUGUAUGCAGAAAUUGUUUUACGAUGUCACUAGUGGACGUAAAUGAUAUGAUAUUCUAAUUAAUAGAAUUAAUUAUUUUUGCGCAAUCUCAGAUUUAUCAUUGGCAGAUAUAGAUCUCUAAUAUGUAAGGAAUGGUUCGCAUUCUGGAAUUAUGAAUUUCUAAAAUAAAUUUAUUUCUCAUGCACAAACGGCAUAUCAAUGACACUUGAUACUUUAUUCUUAUUUUUAAUUGUGAAAAUGAGAUUUUUUCGCCUAGUUGUUUUCCAAAUCCAAUUUUUUUCUAAUUGAAAUUAAUUGAUAUGUUAUGGUUGAAGAAGAUUAUAAUAGAAAAUAUAUGUGUGAUAGCACACUACUAAUUAAUAAUUAAGUACAGUUGAUAUUCAAACAUUGGAAAGACGAGAGGUUCUUGAAAUGUAUUUAGUGAAAUACACUUUAAUAAAACUUCAUGGAAA